GAAAUUUAUUAGCAAAUUUUGAUUGUUGCGAUUAUUCUAUAAUAUGAUUAUUUAAAGAUUUAUAGAUUCAUUUAUAAAUUUUAAAGAUUUUAAAUGAUAAUAAUGUUUAAAAAAUGUAUAUAUAAAGAGAAUUUGUUUACAUAUACUAUUUUUUUAGUCAUAUUUUAAAACUUUGUUAAAAAUAUUUGAAAAAGCGCCUUAAUAUUUUAAGUCGUUACAAAUUGAAAAGUUUAUUUUCAACAUUCAAUUCCUAUAAUAUAUAAUAGAAGUAAUAUAUUUUUGAAAUUUUGCAUUUGUUAAAAAAAUUUAACAUUUUAUAAAGUGGAUUUUUAUUUUUUUUUAUUAAUGAAUAUGCAUCAAAAAACUAAUAUAUAGUAAUUUAUAGUAAUUUAAUAUUUGACUGCAUAUAAAUUUAAAUUUUUGAACAUAACAUGAAUUAAACAAAUUAUAUAUUGGUAUAAAAAAGUAUUAAUAUAUAAAAAAAUACUAAUAUAUAAAAGUACUAAUAUAUAAUAUAUAUAUAAAUAGUUUAUUUAUUAUAAUGCAUAUAUGAAAUAAAUUUAAAAAAAAACGUACAUUAUGUUAACAAUAAAAGUAUAUAAUUUAAAUAUAUUCUUGUUUUUUCCUAUUUCUUAUUUAUUUGCCAUUGAUGGAAGUACAAUAUUAAAAGAAUUGGGAGAAAAACAAUAUCAUUUAAUUAAAGCAAAAUCAUCAUUAUCUCAACAUGGAAUUUGUUGGCAAAAUGCUAUUAAAACAAUGAAAAUUGAUUGUAAUAAAUUAAAUGAUCAAGAACAUUCUCUUCUUGCCUUAAAAUUAACAAAUUGUUUUUUAAAAGAUAGUGGGCAUGAGGCAUAUGAUUGUUAUCUUAUUAAUUCAGAAUAUCAACGCAGAAAUUGUAUUAAUAAUAUGUCAGAUAGAGCAUUCAAUGUAUAUAAUGAAUUUUAUAUACACACUAUGCACAUGUGUUUUUAUUUAAAUUAUGAAGUUUGGCAAGUUCAAACUGAUAACAUGGUUAAACAAUUAUAUCAUGUUUCUUCUCGAAUGAAAGAACAAUUAUUAGAAGCUUCAGAAAUGCAAGAAAUUAUACUUGAUAAUCAAAAACAGAGUCUACAAAUGCAAAAUAAACUUUUAAAUCAUGGAAAAGAACUUGGUAUUGUAUUGAAAUCUUCUUCUGAAAGUGUUAAUAAUUUAGUUAAAGAUUUCAAAGAAUCUGCAAAAGAUCAAAGAGAAUUAUUGUAUGAAAUCUUCUCAUACUUUCGUUCUUUUCAAAAUUGGAUUGUUGGAGAAGUUUCUUGGUUUCAAUCAAUUAUUUAUUACAUAACUAGUUGUAUUUUAUGUGCGUUAUUUAGUUCUUCUAAAAAAACUACAGAUGCAAGAAUCACUCUUUUUUCAAUUUUAAGUUUGAAUAUAGUAAUAGAACGAAUGUUAGUUCAAUAUUAUAAUAAUAUGCAUUAUUCUAAUAACAAUCAGAACAAUUUAUUGAAUACAAUAUGGAUAUGUAGAAAAGUAGUUCUUACUGUUUGUGCCAUUACAUUAUUCUGUACAUAUUAUUAUUAUAAAGAUGAACAAGUAGAAAAUAAUAAAGCAUUAAAACGUAUUGAACAUCAAUUAAACACUAUACAGAAAGUUACAUCUAUUUCUACUAAAUAUCCAAUUCGUUAUUCUACACGAUUAAGAAUGAAGCAUUUACAAGCACAGGCUAAUAAACAGACUGAUAAUGAAAUUUUUUCAUGAUAUAAUAUUUUAUUUUAUAUUAUUAAUUCAUUAUAAUAAUAGUAAUAUGAAUUUUAAUAGUGAUAAUAAUAAUGUAACAAUAAAAAUAUUUUUUAUAUAAUA